CGUCUUCGGCUCUCCUAUUUUCCUCAAGCACGAGAGCGGAGAGAAGAAGCGGCUCAACGGUGGUGACAUGGCAAGAAGCAGCAGCAUCAUUUAAAGUGCUCGUUUCAUUCCACUGCAGCAACCUGAUGCAGUGAAGGAGCUAUCAAGGCUAUGUACGCGCCUGCUUUGGGUGAAAGCAUGUUGUGGGUUACGCUGCUUAGCACGAUUGCACUCGGAUGGACGACUCCUAUCCCUCUGCUUGAUGAUUCAGAAGAAAUAGACGAGCCUUGCUUUGAGCCCUGCUACUGCGAGGUGAAGGAAGGCCUGUUUCACAUUCAUUGUGACGGCAAAGGAUUUACAAACAUUAGCCAGGUCUCACAGACAUGGCUUAGACCGUUCAAGCUGUACCUGCAGAAAAACUCCUUACGGAAGCUCUACUUCAACAGUUUUCUGCACCUGAACAAUGCAGUGGCCAUUAAUCUGGGCAACAAUGCCCUGCAGGACAUCCAUGUUGGAGCUUUCAACGCUUUGAGCUCGCUGAAGAGAUUGUACCUUCACGAAAACAAGCUGGAAGUCUUUCGGAACGACACGUUUCUUGGACUGGAAAGUUUGGAAUACCUUCAGGCCGACUAUAACGUCAUAAAGAGAAUAGACAGCGGGGCUUUCCGAAAUCUUCACAAACUCAGAGUGCUCAUUCUCAAUGACAAUUUAAUACCCGUGCUACCGGCCUAUCUUUUCAGAUCGGUCUCUCUGACGCACCUCGAUUUGAGAGGCAAUCGACUAAAGACGUUGGCUUACAAAGGGAUUUUGGAAUAUAUUGGUCGCAGCCUCAUGGAGAUCCAGCUGGAGGAGAACCCUUGGAACUGCGUCUGUGAAAUCAUCCAGCUCCAGACCUGGUUGGAGCGGAUACCGUACACCGCGGUUGUUGGAGAGAUCACGUGCGAGUACCCCUUCCACCUCCACGGAAAGGACCUUAGAGAGAUCAAGCGCAGUGAGCUAUGUCCCACGCUGAGCGAAGCAGAGAUCGAGUCGAUUCUAGGCAUCCCGCACUUCCCAUUCUAUACAGCGAGGGUAAGGCCUACAAGGCCGUCAUCCAUAGUCUCCCCAAAUCAAAACACUGUCUCUUCAGUGGAACAAAGAGAGAGAGCACCAAAGCCAACAAAAAGACCCAGGCCCUCGAAGACGCCGCCAACCCCACGCAGCGUGUACCCUAAUCAGCCACCAAUAGCCGGAUAUCAGACACGGCCGCCUAUACCAAUCAUUUGCCCUAUCGGAUGUACCUGUAACUUGCACAUUAAUGACCUUGGUUUGACAGUCAACUGUAAAGAAAACGGGUUUCGGAACAUUUCUGACUUAAUGCCUCGCCCCUUAAAUGCUAAGAAGCUUUACUUAAGCGGAAAUCUCAUUCAGAGAAUUUAUAAGUCGGAUUUUUGGAACUUCUCCAGUCUCGAUUUAUUGCACUUGGGUAACAAUCAGAUAUUUUACGUCCAGGAAGGAGCUUUUGUUAAUCUCCCUAAUUUGAGAAGCCUUUACCUGAAUGGUAAUAACAUUGAGAGGCUAACUCCUGAUAUGUUUCACGGCUUGCAAAAUCUUCGCUAUUUGUAUUUUGAAUACAAUGAAAUAAGAGAAAUCCAACCGGCCGCCUUCAGUUUAAUGUCUUCACUUCAGCUAGUCUUUCUCAACAACAACCUCCUGCGUGCGCUGCCCGUGGGAGCGUUCGCAGGUACAUCGCUGACACGCCUGAAUCUACGUAACAACUAUUUUCAUUGCCUCCCGGUCAGCGGAGUUCUGGAGCACCUGCUUGCUGUCGUCCAAAUCGACCUGAAUCAAAACCCCUGGGAUUGUUCCUGUGACAUCAUUCCUCUGAAAGAGUGGCUGGACACACUGAGCUUAGUGGUCAUAGUCGGAGAGGUGCUGUGCAAGACCCCGGAGCAGGUGUCGGGAAAAGAUUUACGUUCUCUGACUUCAGACGAAAUUUGCCACGAGCUUCGACAGUCUUCGCUGUCUCCAGCCGAGUCGGACGGUGGCCUCUCCACUACGUAUCCCGGGGUGGGCCCGCACCCGCCGAAAGGUGCCAUACCACUGUCUGUUCUCAUUCUCAGCCUGCUGGUUCUGUUCGUGUCUGCCUUCUUCGCCGCUGCGGCUCUUUGCGUGUAUGCUCUUAAAAAGCGUGAUAAGCUCCCCUUUAGGAAGCAAGGGGAAGUGGGCCUGGCAGGCAUUCAGAUGGAAUGUGGAAUAUUCACCGAACAGCCACCCACCUUACCAGAGACUCCUCCCACCAAUCACGUGUACGACAGCAUCGGCGCCCCCUCCUCGCACAUGUGCAGUAACCCGGUUUACAAAAGCAGACCGGAGGAGUCGGGCCACAAGCAUCCUUUCACAGAGACAAAUGAGAGCGGAUCGCAUUACAGAACGCUGAUGGAGAAAGAAAAGGAGUGGAGCAUGGCGAUCUCCAGUUCCCCCAUUAACACUAUCGCCAGCGUUGGAGCACCGUGUAGUGACAUCGCUGGCUUUCAUGAAAACGGAAUACUCUGUCCUACUGUCAUUGACAGCCAGGGUCCCACGCCCAAGGUGGGACUAGUGGACACUCUUUUUGGCACAACCACCCAGUUUAGCAACGUGCCUGACAGGCACACGCACCCACCCUCAGAGUUCCCACAUGCAAAACAGGAUGCCAGACAAAAACAAACGAUCACAACCACCACAGGGACAAGGACAGGAUGUCCUAAUCAAACCCAAAGUGAUUAUCCCGAGCUGAGGGCCAGACUCAAAACAAAGGUGGAUUACAUUGAUAUGCUUGAGAGAUCAUAUCAGUUCUAAGACAUGUCAGAUAUAAGACUGCACAUCCAAAAUGACAAUGGUAAGAUGGAAAAAGAAUGAAUGCCAUGUAAGAUGUACGGUUUUCCCUCAAGUUGCUCUGGAGGAAACCCCUAGUUCGGAUUUUUUUAAAGUGCCUUCAUAAGAGCAGCCAGCAAUGUUGUAAAUGAGUAUUUUUGUAUCACAGUUUUAUUUAUCUAAAAUACGUAGAUUUACAUUGGAAGGGAAGGAAUCGAGUGCUGUUUCGAGAAAUCAACAGCGUUUAAGGGACAAGCUGUAUGUACAAUCGCAGGGCGUGCGGUCUUGUCGUUCAACUUGUUUGCAUCGAGAACUUCUGAGAUAUUUUUAUUUAACCGAAAAUGGUCCUUGGGCAAUAGAGAUGCUGCAGUUAUUGUAUAACUGUUAAGUGCUUUGUUGAAUCUGUAUUUUCAAAUUGAGUAGAUUGUUUUUAUCGGGACUUAUCGAAUGGUUUCAUGGACCAAAAUAAGCUCGAAAACAUGUCGGGAUAUAUUGAUCGUGUGAAAGUAAGUACCUUUUCGUGGUCUGUCUCACAAAAAGGAAAGGACAAAUAUGUGCAUAUAUUUAUUCUUAGAUUUCAGUGUUGCAAUUAUUAUUGUAAGACAUCAUGUUAAAUCAGUGUAUAAUAAUGAUUAUGCCUCUGGUUUAGACUUCCUUGAAAAAACCCACGGAUACAAUAAAGGGUGCUAAACUAA